UAGUCCGUUAGUUACAUAUUUCCAGCUAUCGUGUCUCAACGCGUCUUGGUGUAGCCGGUCCACGGGCGUCACGGUAACAAGUUAACAGCACUUCCUCAAUAAUGUCUCACGGUAGAAUGCGUGGCGGUCGUUGGGGAGCAAAUUUUAUUUCGGCAUCCGGUCCCCGCACUAGCUAUUCUACAUCCAGUGUUAGAGAUAAUGGCCCUGGAGAGUACUUUCGCUCAGGAUAUUCCGAUAUUGCUUUGGCUGCAGACGGAGUCCGCACAGGUGGUGCUGCCGUCCCACCUCCCAGUUCUACCAAUCGAUCUACUCGCGGGUAUUCAGAUCCUAAUGAAGCCGUUGCUCGUCAGACCAGUCUGGUUCCUGUCCAUGGGAGUUCAUCUCGUGCUUUUGCUAAUCUUGGUCGCAAGCGCGUCGCAGAUGAGGAGGACUAUUUUCAAGAAGAUGAUGAUCAAGGAGGCUUGGAGUACCAGCCCGCUCCAGGAAGUCCUGCUGCUAUGAAGAGGAACGAUUAUUCGGAUGAUUCUGAUGACCCCUUAGACAAAUACAUGGAAAACAUUGAGGAGGAAGUUCGAACCCUCGAUUCUGCUCCUCCGAUGAAACCUGGCAUGAAGAAGUCCAUUAAGAGCAAAGGCAUUCGUGAUGAUAUUGAACAAGAAGAUGAGGUGGAAUCAUACAUGAGGUUUAUGGAGGAAAACCCCCAUUUGGGUCUCGCUGCUGACGAUGAGGAGGAGGAAGCUUAUGAGUACGACGCUGAGGGAAACAUAAUCGGUACCGAGAAAAAAGCGAUCGACCCCUUACCGCCUGUAGAUCACUCGGUUAUCAACUAUCCACCGUUUUGUAAGAAUUUUUACGUCGAACACUCAGAAAUAUCCGCACUGAAUGAGGCACAGGUUGCCACUUUACGCGAGAAACUUGGUUUACGUGUCAGUGGUCCGAGCCCUCUCCGCCCAGUCUGCGCGUUCGCUCACUUGGGAUUCGAUGAACCCUUACUGGAUGCUAUCCGCAAAGCAGGUUACACGCAGCCAACACCAAUACAAGCACAAGCGGUUCCACUUGCGAUGGCCGGCAGAGAUGUGAUCGGCAUCGGAAAAACCGGUAGUGGAAAGACUGCAGCCUUUCUGUGGCCUUGCAUCAUCCACAUGAUGGAUCAACCUCCAUUGAAACUCGGUGAUGGCCCCAUCGGAGUGAUUUGUGCCCCGACGCGUGAACUGGCCCAGCAAAUUUACACCGAGGCGAAAAAGUUGGCUAAAGUGUAUAACUUGACUGUGGUUUGUGCCUACGGUGGCGGGAGCCUUUGGGAGCAGCAGAAAGCUUGUGAGGCUGGUUGCGAGUUGUUGAUAUGCACUCCGGGCCGCUUGAUUGACUUGGUGAAGAAGAAGUCCACCAAUUUGCGCCGUGUCACCUAUUUGGUAUUCGAUGAGGCAGACAAAAUGUUCAACUUGGGAUUCGAACCUCAAGUCCGUUCUAUCGCUAACCACGUCCGACCGGAUCGACAAACUCUUCUGUUCAGUGCUACCUUUAAACGGCGUUUGGAGAGACUGGCACGCGAUAUACUAUCCGACCCGGUUCGAAUCGUUGAGGGACAACUAGGCGAAGCAAACGAGAAUAUCACGCAAAUCGUCGAGGUCUUCGAUAAGUUAGAGCAAAAAUGGGACUGGUUGACCAGACAUCUUGUCCGACUCGUCACUGAGGGAAGUGUUCUGAUAUUUGUGACACGCAAGACUCACAGCGAGGAAGUUGCCCGCAAGCUAAAAAUGCGGGAUUUUAAAGUGUUACUCAUUCACGGCGACAUGCACCAGUCGGAUAGGACGUCUGUCAUCCAAUCGUUUAAGAAGCAGGAGGCUCCAAUAUUGGUUGCCACGGAUGUCGCAUCCAGAGGGUUGGAUAUCCCCAGUAUACACAACGUGAUAAAUUACGAAGUCGCUCGCGACAUCGACACUCAUACGCACCGGAUCGGGCGUACCGGUCGUGCAGGUAUGAAGGGCACUGCCUACACGCUGUUUGUGGCCGGAAAGGACCCGGUGGAUUUUGCCGCAUGUCUUGUGCAGCACCUGGAAACCGCAGAGCAAACCGUUCCACCUCGCCUAAUGGAUGUGGCUUACAAAUGCACGUGGUUUGCGCAGAACCGAUCAUCCCUGGAAUUUGCUGGUGGAGCCGCGAACGCCAAGUCUCGGCCUUGCUCUGGAUUCCAGCCUCGCCCCACCAGAGCCCGUCCCGGACUCGGCUCGUCAGCGGACAUGGACGAUUUUGAGUCUCCCACGAUGUCACGAAGUGGUCCUGCAACAGCUGCCGCUGCUGGCGAAGGAGCGAGCCUCGUCCGUCCUGGAGGGUUACAAGCAGAUCGCUUUUCCGCAAUGAAGGCAGCGUUCGCUGCUCAGUACAGUAGAAGAUUUGUGUCAGCAGGUAUUGAGGCCACCAAGUACACACAUCCAGAAAUGCUUCAGCCUGCAAUGCCAGCCGAUGUUGCUCAAACAUGCGCAACUGUUUCAUCUGCGCUCCCUUCCACACCAGUCGACCUAUACACGCCUGCGGUGUCUACGCCAACACCUGUUCCUUCACCUGCUCCCGUUCCAGCCCCGGUGCCCCCGCCGCCUACGCCUCAGACUGAAGUAAAAAAGAAGCGCUCGAGAUGGGAUUGAGUCAUCUGAGACAUUUUUUCACAUUUUCGCUCAAGCGGAAAGGCAUACAACACAUGUUCAUGUACAAAA